AUGCCAAUAACUUCAAAGUACUAUAACUUCUUCAUUUUAAGUCCAUUUCCUACGAACUUCAUAGCCACGAAAAGGAAUUCAGCGUUAAUGGCCUUAGAAGAAACACCAUUUGAUUCUCCAGGAAACGUGUCACUAAACAAGAACUCAAAACCAGUUUCUGAAAACUCAACAGGAUUUUGCGAAUGCAAUAUAUGUUUAGAUUCUGCAAGAGACCCUGUGGUUACCCUAUGUGGCCACCUCUACUGUUGGCCUUGUAUUUACAAAUGGCUCCAUGUCCAAGCAACAUCCACUCUUGAAUCCGAUAAACAACCCAAAUGCCCUGUUUGUAAAGCUCACAUCUCCAACUCAUCUUUAGUUCCACUCUACGGACGUGGCAAUUCCAAUCCCAAUCCCAAUUCCAAUUCCGAUUCCGAUUCCGAUUCACCAUCAUCGGAAUCGGAAUCGAAAAGCGAACACCAAUCGGAGUUAGUCAUACCUAGUAGACCAUCAGCACCUGGCGGGGCGAUUGUGCAUGUGAAUCAGCAAAUCAAUCCCCAUCCGGUGCCUUUUCAGUCACAGUCACAGUUUCAGCCUCAGCAGCAUAUUGUGAAUCACUCACACCCGUUUGGAGGGUAUACGUUUGGGCCAUCUAAUUUUAAUGGGCCAAUGACACCCACUACCGGCUUUUCAAACCCGUUUGUGGGAAUGGUUGGGGAGAUGGUUUGUGCAAUGAUAUUCCGGAGUUCUGAUUCCGGGUUUUUGGCGGCUUAUCCAUACGGGUCGUACCAGAAUCCGUAUCCGGCUUCGGGUACCACGAGUCCACGGCUUCAUACAGGUCCGACUUUGUCUUCGACUUCCGCUACGAUUGCCUUCGAGUUCCACUACAAUCACCGUUUAUUUCCAUUACAAUCACCACAGGUUUUCAUGGCAAUCACCGUUAAUGACUACCAUUAUAUCGAGUAUCGCAAAUCAGGAGGAGAGAAAUCAUUUUCAUCACUAUGUUUUGCACUUGCACUUCAUGAGAUGACACAAGCUCCAUUUCAGCUAUGGAUGAGUUUGAUGUGUUUAUGUUUGAUCCCCCUACGACCCUGUACGGUUCGACGCGAUGCAUACUCCCUUUUCGACAGAUUAGCCAAACACCGCAAUCCGGCAAUGGCGAAGGACCGAGGAGAUACCUCAGAUGACGACAGAGUUCUCAAAGGAGCAUCCUCCAAGAAAGAACAUCACCAUCAUCACAAAUCCAAGAGGAAAUCGGAAGAUUUACCCGACCCUGAAUCCAACGUCUCAUCCGGAUCCGAUCGCGGAAGCAAAGACAGUGGCCGCCGGAGCAGCAAAAGGAAGAGAAACCGCCGGUCCAGAACGAAAUCACGACGGGAAUACAGCGACGAUGAGGAUGAUGAUCGGUCGGAUUCCGAUACUGACUCUGAGUCGGAAUCGGAGUCAGAGUCGGGGAGUUCGGUGUAUUCUUCAGAGGAUGAAAGCGAAAGUGAGGAGGAGAGGCGGCGGAGGAAGAGGAAGGAGAGGAAGAGAAGAGAGGAGAAAGAAAAGAGAAGGAGAAGAGAGAAAGAGAAGAAGAAGAGAAGGAAAGAGAGGGAUGAAGAUAAGUCGAAGAAGAAGAAAAAAAAGAAGGAUAAGAAGAAAGAGAAGGUGAAAAAGGGAGCUGUUACAGAUUCAUGGGGGAAGUAUGGAAUUAUUAGAGAAACUGAUAUGUGGAACAAAAGACCAGAGUUCACUGCUUGGCUUGCAGAAGUGAAACAGGCGAAUCUUGAAAGUCUUCCCACCUGGGAAGAGAAGCAAAUGUUCAAACAGUUCAUGGAAGACCAUAACACUGCCACUUUUCCUCAUAAAAAAUACUAUAGCCUUGAUGCUUAUCACCGAAGGAAAAUCGAAAAAGCCAUUAAAAAAGGGUCCACAAAAGCUACAAAAUCAGAACGUGUUGUGUUUGAUGAUGAAGAGCAACGCCGACUAGAAUUGCAACGAGAGCGUGAGAAACAGAAGGAAGCGGAGGUAGAAGCUUUGAAGCGCUCAAUGCAAAGUGGAAUGGCGCAAGCAAUGAAAGAACAAGCUAUACUAAGAGAAGAGAUGAAUUACUUGUUCAAAAUCGGCAACGUUGAGGCAGCAAGUGCUAUUCAAAGACGAUUGGAUCCUGAUCUUCCUAUGUGAUUUAAUCAUUUGUUGAAAAGUUGAAAAAAAUUUAUUGAUUUCAAAGUAUGUAAGAAUAUAGAGGUGUUUGGAAUUUGAUGUAUGUUUUUAACGCAUGAUUUGAUUAUUUACUAUUCUAAGUGACAACUAACAAGAUGCAACAAAAUUGGUUAACCAACUAAAAGUAAAAAUCAG